UCCAGUUCACAGUUUUAUAAGCUAAUAGAUCCACAGAGAUCUUCUCAUUCGACUGGUCUAUAUCUACUCCUCUCUCUUCUCCAUAAGAUAUUUCAUAAUACUAGUGUGAAUCAACAGAGUUUCCAUGUUUUAAGGUCACUCACAAGUUAUACAUCUCUUUCUUAGUGAAGUCACUUGAUAGCUGAAGUUAAAAAAAAAAGAUAAAGUUGAAAAUGAGUUUAGGUGCUUUGAUGAGGGAAGAGAAGAGAGCAAGACCAGCUUCUUCUCAGGUGUACAUGUCCAAAGAUGUAGACUGGCAAAUGCUUGAUAAGUCAAGGUUCUUCUUCCUCGGUGCCGCUCUCUUCUCCGGUGUAUCCACUGCUCUUUACCCUAUCGUAGUCCUCAAGACAAGGCAACAAGUCUCACCGACCCACGUUUCCUGCGCCAACAUCUCUCUGGCCAUCGCUAGGCUCGAGGGUCUGAAAGGGUUCUACAAGGGGUUUGGUACAUCUUUGCUUGGUACCAUCCCGGCUCGUGCUCUCUACAUGACGGCUCUAGAGAUCACCAAGAGUAGUGUAGGCCAAGCAACUGUUAGGUUAGGUUUGUCUGAUACAACGUCUAUGGCUGUUUCCAACGGUGCAGCCGGUUUGGCCUCGGCAGUUGCUGCUCAGGUUGUCUGGACUCCUAUUGAUGUCGUGAGCCAACGGCUUAUGGUUCAAGGAGACCUGUCGGCGAAUAAGCAUGUCCCUGGAGUGAUCAGUUCUUGUAGAUACACUAAUGGGUUAGAUGCUUUUAGAAAGAUUCUUUACAGUGAUGGACCGAGAGGGUUCUACAGAGGGUUUGGUCUCUCCCUCUUGACUUAUGCACCUUCGAACGCUGUAUGGUGGGCGUCUUAUUCUUUGUCUCAGAAAAAGAUUUGGUCUCGUUUCAAAGGUCCAUGUGACCGUAAGGAAAACGCUCCUGGCUCAAUGGUGGUUCAAGCGCUGAGUGCAGCCAUAGCAAGCGGUUGUUCAGCUUUGAUAACGAUGCCGGUAGACACAAUCAAGACGAGGUUGCAGGUUUUAGACGCGGAGGAGAAUGGGAGGAGACGAGCGAUGACAGUGAUGCAGACGGUGAAGAGCUUGAUGAGGGAAGGAGGGUUUGGGGCUUGUUACAGAGGGUUGGGACCAAGGUGGGUCUCAAUGUCAAUGUCUGCAACAACUAUGAUCACAACCUACGAGUUCUUGAAGCGUCUUUCCACUAAGAAGCAGAGAUGAUUAUAUGAUAUAAAGUUAUAAAACCAUUCAUAAGUCUAAGUUUCUCUGUUUCUUGUGUUGAAAUGAAGAAACGUAAUGGGCAAAUCUAAACAAGACGCAAUUGAUUGAGUUUUAAAAAUGU